UUGUGGUUUGAGACUGUGUUGUUUCAGUUGUGUGGAUCUGUGAUUACAUUAUGAUACUGUGUAAGGGUUCUUCAUUAGUGUUAUUAUCAGAAAGUAUGCUCAAAAUCCCAUUUCUUUCAGUGUCAUGAUUAGUUUGACAAGGCUCAACUGUUACUGUAAGGGGUUAAUGUCAUGCACGAAGAGCAGAUGGGUGGAGUAUGAGGCAGGGGAGGAGGAGCACUAUUGCAUUUACGCAGAAAUUAAACUCAAAUAUUAAAAACUUGUAAACAAAGUUCAGUUUGUGUAUUUGCGCACAAAGAGCAACAGCCCAGCUGCAUUCCAAGAAGAUAUGGCUACAGCCAGCCCUUUCCUGUCUGAGGAUCAGUUCCUGUGCUCCAUCUGUCUUGAUGUUUACACCGAGCCUGUUUCUAUUCCAUGUGGACACAACUUCUGCAAGCCCUGUAUCACCAGGCACUGGGAAGGCAAAGAGCAGUGUCAGUGUCCACUGUGCAAUGAGAAGUUCAGCAAAGGGCUCAAACUCUGUGUUAACACCGGAUUCAGGGAGGUUGUGGAGAAUUUCAAGAAACAUCACGCGAUAGCUGACAAUAAUUCCCCAGUCAAACCAGGACAGGUGCCAUGUGACUGCUGCCCUGGCAAUAAGUUCAAAGCCUCUAAAACGUGUUUGGUGUGUCUGACCUCUUACUGUGAGACGCACUUGGAGCCUCAUCAGAGAGUUGCUGCCCUAAAGACACACAAACUGACUAAUCCUGUGCAAAACUUGGAGGACAAAAUAUGCAAGAAGCACAAUAGGAUUUUAGAGCUCUUCUGCAGGAAUGAUCUGACACAUAUUUGUGUCCUAUGUGCAGAACAUAGCGGUCAUGAUACAGUCCCUUUGGAGGAAGCAUAUGUUGAGAAGAGGGCUCAGAUGGGGAAGAAAAAAGCGGAAGUAAAGGAAAUUAAACAGAAGUGUGGCAAGAAGGCUCAGAAGACCAAGAGGAAAGGCAAAAAUGAAGCAAUGGCAAACAGCGUGGUGUCUAAUCAAGCUCAUCACAUUUGGUGGGUUCCCUGUGAAGACCCACACCAAUGCAACAGAUGUUUCUAUGUUCCUGGAAACAUGUGCUUUUCUGAAGGGAUAUCCUACUAUGAGGUUCAGGCCGAAGGGAGUACCAGCUGGGAUUUAGGAGUAGUCAGGGAGUCGAUUCUUCGGAAGAGAACAUUCACACCAAAUCCCAGGAAUGGAAAGUGGAUCAUAAGAAUGGGGAAUAACACCAACUGGAAGGCUCUACAUGACAACCCUGUCCCCCUCUUCUUGAUAAGGAAGCCUAAGAGAGUCAUAGUGUUUGUAGACUAUGACAAUGGAUUGGUGUCCUUCAUUGAUGCAGACACUGCCAUCCUGAUCUACGCUUUUACUGGCUGCAAAUUUAAUGAGAGAAUUUUCCUGUUUUUAAGUCCCAGUCCUGCAGAUGGUGUUAACUGGGCACAGAGGCUACGAACAAAGAUUCAGAAGAUGAAAGUAUGGUCCCAACCUUCAUAUGCCUUUUACUACUUCAUUUUUAUGGUAAUUCUGAUUCUGAUUGUAUUUGGCUGAAUUAAACAUCACAUAAUUUUUUACAAGGGUUUAGUUGAAACAGAUUCUGAUGAAAUGUGAAUGUAGUAAAAUCUGAACAUGAUAUGUCCAGUUCCUGGAUGAUUUUGGAAGAUCAAGCCAUUCAUUUAUUUUUCGUUUAACUAAAUAUUGACUUUCUUCCUCUGUAAAGGCUUUUCAUAUUUGUCGAUGAUGAAGAUGCAUGUUCAUUUUUGUAUCCAUAUUUUAGCAUGUAUUUUUGUACUCACGCUUGUCAUAUGCAUUUUACAAAGCCUUUAAUGAAGUUAAAUAAAAAUAUGUUUUUGCUACAGAAGUGGCUGCGGCAGCAGGUGGGGUUAAAAUCAGUGACUCCUUCCCGGCACAAACUCAUCUUUCACUUAAUAAUGUGUAAUAGCAUGAUACAGGUUCACAUACAGUAAGUCUGUUAAUCCCACAAAAUGUUUUGGAAGUUGUAAUUAUGACUUUGUAUGCUUGUUUUGUCAUUUGGUGUUGAAUUUGUAAAAUUUGAUAAACAAAAUGAAUUUAUCUAAAGCUUUUGUCUUUCUAUGAAACAUAAUUUCUGAAAUGAAUAAACCACUCCAAACAAUUAAUGUAAGUACAGUACCUCA